CCAAUAUAGCACCCGUCAAACUGCUUUAAAAAACAAUGAAUUUUACAGGUGGACUUCAUCAGCGUGAUAUGAAGAUAUAGCUCGAAUAUACUGGAGUUAAAUUUAGGAUUUUUAAUAGCAAUAUAAUGAUGUCAAUCUAAAGGAAAAUGUAAAAAAAAACUGGAUAAAUAUGGGCUUCAUUAGAGGCAACAUUCUGAGUGGAUUGAACAAGAAGAAAGCAGUUUGUUUACUUUUAUUGGUAUUAGUAAACGUUGAACUAAACACAGCCUUUAAAGAAAAGCAGCGAAGUAAAAGAUCAAGCUUUGGCAAUAGCAUUCAAAAUAAAGGAAAGCGAAAUGUACUUUAUAACUUUGUAACGGAUCGACCUCGCGUCCAAACAACAAACAUUCAACAGACAGCGGCUAGCCAGCGAAACAACAUUGCUUCGUCGUUAAUGGCCCAAAAGCAACACUUAGCUCAGCUAGCAAACUACCGGCAAUAUUUGACAAAGUUGUAUUCGAAAAGACGAUCGGACAUAGAUGCCCCGAUACUGCAGGGAGAUAUGCCGGACUUCAAGGACAAGCAUUAUGAGAAUUCGGCUGAACUCGUAAACGAUAAUCAGUUGAAUGAUGCCUUGGAUGUAAACAAAAAAUACGCCUCCAAAAUGAUCGGCUUGAAUUACUACACAAAAGACGUGUUGCCGGCAAGUCAUGUUGUGCUACCUCAUGAAGACUACCGCAGUUCAAUCGGAGGAGGUGGUUUGGUUCAAGGAUAUUCGCCGUAUUCGUCGCAAGAAAGCUCUCUUGUUGGCAAUGGAGGAGAUGCGAGUCAGCCGCUGCUGACGAAUGAGGAUUCGCAGAUCGAGAAGCUGGUUGAGAUGGAAAAACUAAGAGAGCUUGAAGAAUUGAGAGAGCAAGCAUACAGACACCUUCAUCUUCACCCCUGUCAGAUCCACACGUGUCAACACGGGCACUGCAUAUCAACAGGCAGGGGUCGAUAUAAAUGUUCAUGUAAGCCUGGGUAUACUGGACUACGGUGUCAAUAUGCACAGCAUCGAGCGUGCACGCCGAACCCUUGUAAAAUGAUGGUGUGUAUAGUGACUGGAUACGAGUGUUCGUGCGCCGCUGGAUAUCGCGGCGAACAUGCCAAGGAGCUCCAAUGUGAAAAUGAGCCGUGUCAAAAUGGAGGGACUUGUACUGAGCUGGAUAAUGGUUUCGUCUGCACAUGCGCGAGAGGAUACCGAGGAAAGACGUGUCAACUUGAAAAUCCUUGUCUUGUGAAUCCUUGUCAAAAUGGCGGGAGAUGUGUCGAGGCCGCUGGACGAUACUCGUGUGUUUGCAGAACUGGAUGGAGAUGUAAUGAUUGCAGUUGUAAAGUUGAAGUGGAGGAGGCCAAAGUAAGGACGUUACAACUAUUUAAACCCCCAGUGGAUGAAUGUCAACCAAAUCCUUGCUCUCAUGGGGGGACAUGCUCACCCACCCCCUCAGGGUACACGUGUUACUGUGAGGAUGGCUACAAGGGAGACACCUGUGAAGCACAAGAUUUCUGUGCGGAAGCUCCUUGUAUGAACGGUGGAUUAUGCAUUGAAGGUGGCGGGGAAUUCCUGUGUCGUUGCAAGCCUGGGUUCAAAGGGAAGACGUGCGAAUCGACCGACUUUUGCAACCCAAAUCCAUGUCUUCACAGCGGCGUGUGCGUCAUCCGAGACGCUGGGUACAAGUGUAGAUGUCUUCCACAGUUCAUUGGUCUAAACUGCGAAGCUAAGAAUCCCUGCAUUCCCAACCCUUGCGUGAACAUGGGAGCCUGCAAGAGAUACGGAACAAAACACGUCUGUCAUUGCGCGAAUGGAUUCACUGGUCCUCGAUGCCAAGAGCAAGAUCUAUGUUUUCUGCGAACUCCCUGCAAGAACGCUGGUAAAUGCCGUUCUACAAAAGGCGUCAUAUCCUGUAUUUGUCCCACAGGAUUUACUGGACUGCACUGCGAACUGAAAGAUUUAUGCGAACCAAACCCGUGCGCUAACCACGGAGUAUGCAAGACAAACGGAGCCUCAUUUCAAUGCCGCUGUUCUCGUGGUUUUACUGGAGUGAACUGUAAAGAUUACGAUAAUUGUGAUCCAGACCCCUGCCAAAACGGAGGUCGAUGUUCAAACAGCGCUGGGGGUUAUCGAUGUGACUGUGUAAAUGAAUUUGUUGGAGUUCAUUGUGAAAAUGAAAACCCAUGCAAGCGGAACCCUUGUACGAACGGCGGUGAAUGUAUAACAAUCAGGAGCAACGCACAGUGCAAAUGCCCGAAAGGCUUUGUGGGAAAACUUUGCGAACAUUCAGACCCCUGUCUACCCAAUCCCUGCCAGCACAAUUCAGAAUGCAAGACGCAAGAUGAUGGAAGCUAUCGCUGUGAAUGUGAACCAGGGUACACGGGAUCCCUGUGCCAUCUUCGCAGCCAUUGCUAUCACAAUCCAUGUUUAAACGGAGGACGAUGCGAGACCUUCCACAACACUUACAUUUGCCACUGUCCACUGGAGUGGGGAGGACAUCACUGCCAAGAACACAACUUAUGCUUUCCCGACAAUCCCUGCGAGAACAACGGCGUUUGUAAAAGCGAUGGGCAUAAUGUUGUCUGCAAGUGUCAUCCAGGGUUCUUGGGGGAUCACUGUGAAGAAGUGAACUAUUGUCACAGACAUGUCUGUAAGAACGGUGGCAAAUGUUACAACACGAAGUCUGGGUAUGAGUGUGAUUGCCCUGAAGGUUUUGGCGGCAAAAAUUGUGAUGGUUAUAGUUCUCCUUGCAUGCCCAAUCCCUGUCUCAACGAUGGAUUUUGCGCUGAAGACAAAGCAAAUGAGCACGGCUACAUGUGUGUUUGCAAACGAGGCUUUGCUGGAAACCAGUGCCAGAGAAAGGACGCAUGCGUUCCAAACCCCUGUCAGAAUGCAGGCAAAUGUUUCCUGGCAGACAAUCGUCUUGGAUAUCAUUGCAUUUGUGCUGCGGGAAAACGAGGUCUUCAUUGCGAACACAACGAUUAUUGCUACCCACAGAACCCCUGUUUGAAUGGAGCGACGUGUUUCAGCACUCAUGUUGGUUUCGUCUGCAAAUGCAAGCUCGGUUACAAAGGACAGAAAUGUCAAGCUCACGAUGAGACAAACCCUUGUGCACUGCACCCGUGUUUAAACCAUGGUACUUGUUACGACCAGAGAAACAGCCAAAGCAACCUGGUCAGACUGAACAACCAAGACGCCUACAAAUGCUUCUGCAUUAAUGGCUACAGUGGAAAAAAUUGCGAAGUGCCUCAAUUCGCGUGUUAUUCACAGCCCUGUCAGCACGGUGCCACGUGCAUGGACGCACACAAGUUCUCUGAUAUCGCCUUCGAUUCAAUAGGCUACAAAUGUCUCUGUCCCUAUGGUUUCUCCGGGCGAAAUUGUCAAAUGAAUCUUGGCAAUGUGGAUGGUGGAACAUCAGAUCUGAUAUCAUCGCUCACCCAAGGGUAUGACAGACAGGGCUACGUGCCAGUGCCCAAACCAGACCUCAUAUCACGAUACAGUAGCCCUAUUGAUCCGAGACAGAGCAAUUAUGGCAAUGUUCCCGUUCCAACUCCGGGACCACCAACUUUUCCUACAGUAAGACGAACCUAUGACACACAGGAACAAAACAAUGUUAACACAGGCAACCCAGAAUACAGGAUAGGAAAUUCAGCAACAAAAACCGAAGAUUAUUCGGCAAACAACCAGCCAACGGACGAGGAACUUGAAGCUCAGGCGAUGGGCAUACCGCAGUCAGCACUGCCUGGUGGCUCAAGACGCGGUCAGAUUGUCCGCUUAUCACAAGGAAUGCAGCUCGUACGGGUACGAAGGGAACAAAGCCCUAAUGAAUUUGGGAUCAUGAAAAGGGCUUGCUUUGUUUUGGUCGCUGUUGCAAUCGUUGUGAUUUUAAUCGCUGACGUUUCUGCCAAGUCGCGCGGAAAGAAAAAGCCACAUAUUACUAAAAGCAAUGGAAAAAGCGUUUUAAAGCAUUCGAAUAAGAAUGGAGUGACUAAGAAUAAUACGACAAAAAGGCAGUUUAUAAACAGGCCGAGGAUUAGAUAUUUCGGAAACCGGCCUUACAUAUGGAUGAAACCGUCUCCGUUAACGCAAAGAACGAUUGUGACAACACACAUACCAAGGCCGCCAUUAGCCUUGCCUUAUUCCGCACGUGUAAUGCAUUUGCUGGCAAGUAGGUAUCCGUCCUUGUAUAAUAACAGGCAGGCUCUGUCGCAGGGAUUUGCCGGAUAUGCCGGAGGAUUGCCUCAGAGCCCGCUGCUUGGAGCUGGCUUGGAUGGAACGGCGGUAUCGCACGGAUUAGAAGACGAGGAAGCAGAUGACGAACGCUGCGAGCCGAAUCCAUGUCAGAAUGGAGGAACGUGCAACGAGAUCAAAGAGGGAUACGAGUGUAUCUGUUCCUCUGGAUUCAAAGGAUCUGACUGCGAAGAGGAGAAUCAUUGCCAUCCUAAUCCGUGUAGAAACGCUGGGGUUUGUACUGAAGCUGACGGCGCUUUCGUCUGCACUUGCAGUGAGGGAUUCAAAGGAGUAAACUGUGAAGAACACAACAAGUGUCAACCUAACCCCUGCAAAAACGGUGGAUCAUGCACCGAAAUUAACGCAGGAUUUGAAUGCAGUUGUGGGGCAGAGUACAGGGGUCCCACCUGCGAAGAGAUCGAUCACUGUCAUCUUAGCCCUUGUAUGAACGGUGGGACAUGCAUGGGUGGCGAGGGACCUGCCUCGGUAUCAUGUUUGUGUCCUUCCGGAUACAAUGGCAUUCAUUGUGAACUUGAAAGUCGGUGUCACACAAGCCCAUGUCGAAACGGUGGGACAUGUCUUGAUAAUCAGGGAGCAUUUCAGUGCCUCUGUCCUCAAGGUUUCACUGGAGUGAGCUGUGAAGCUGUGAUGAAUCCGUGUGAUUCAGAGCCUUGUCUGAAUGAUGGCUCCUGCAUUAAUCUCGGGCCAAUGGUCUUCAAAUGCGCAUGUGCUAGAGGUUUUAGAGGCAGAACAUGUGAAAUGGAGAAAAGAUGCGAGCCUAAUCCAUGUCAAAAUGGUGGAUUUUGUCAUGAAAGUUUCACCACGGGCGACUACAGAUGCGAAUGUCCAAAACCUUACAAAGGAACCAACUGUGAAGAUCAUAUCAACGCAUGUGAAAACAGCCCGUGUCUCAACGGGGGAACAUGUACGACAUCGUUUGGGCUUCAGACAAAAGUCUGCUUCUGGAUACAAAGGACAACAUUGCGAAGGUAA